AUGGCAAAUUGUCAUUCUUGCAAUGCUCAAGUCGCCUUUCGGGAUAAAUUUUGUAGUCAGUGCGGAAUUAAAUUGUGUUGUGAGGUUGUAGCGAUCAAGUACUACUUUAAACAAGGCUAUAAAUACGACACGAUAACAGAAUUUUUGGCGAAAUUUCAAGAUGUCCAUAUUUGUGUUCGAACUUUCAAGAACCGCUUGAAAACAUUAGGACUCUCUCGAAAAUUUAGGGAAUACAAUGAGUGGGAAGUAAGAGAAAGAAUUAUGCGCGAACUUAGUGGACCAGGUUGUAUGAGCGGAUAUUGGGGAAUGUGGCAUAUUCUUAGCAGGGAAGGAUUUAUGAUACCGAGGCAAAAAGUUCAAGAGAUGUUAAAGGAAUUAGAUCCUGAGGGUUGUGAAACAAGACGAGCUCAUCGUUUAAGGCGGAGAGUUUAUGUAAAUCCGGGUCCAAAUUUUUGUUGGCACUUGGAUGGAUAUGAUAAACUGAAACCGUUUGGCUUCUUCAUUCAUGGAUGUAUCGACGGUUUCAGUCGUAAAAUGUUAUGGCUGCAUUUGACUAAGUCAAACAAUAAUCCCCAAGCGAUACUUAAACUUUUCUUAAACUUAGUCAUGUCGUGCCAUGGCUGCCCUAAAAAGUUACGAACUGACCUGGGAACCGAAAAUGGCCUUGUUGCAGCUGCACAAUGUUACUUCACAAAUGAUGACCAGUCUCAUGUGUAUGGUACAUCUCAACACAAUCAAAGAAUUGAAGGGUGGUGGUCUUACUUUAGAAGAAGCCGAGCAAAUUGGUGGAUUAACUUUUUUAAAGACUUGAUGAAUCAGGAAGUUGUUUCAACUGGAAAUGAACUGGAAAUGGAAUGCCUAUGGUUUUGUUUUUCAAGUCUCUUUCAACAAGACUUGAAUCAUGUAAAAGAUCAUUGGAAUACACAUUAUAUAAGAAGAUCAAGGUUUGACACCGUACCAGGAAGGCCGAAUAAGUUAUAUUACCUUCCUGAGAGGCAUAAUUCAGAAGAUUUUCUUCAACCUGUAAGUCAGUAUCAGUGUGACCAGGUUCUACAGACCAAUUAUCUUGAUGAAAACAAAAGCGAAUACGAAGAGUACUUUGUACAUGUCAUGGAUCAAGCAGGCUUAGAGCUGCCUUUAGACUGGAGACAAGCCUUGGAUCUUUACAAUGAAUUGAUUUACAUAGCAAAAGCCAUUGAUUUUAUACCUGCUUGA